UUUCUUACUUCUAUCCCAUCCUUUUCACUCUUUAUUUUUUCCCCACCUUGGGUUCUGGGUCCCUGUCUCUUACCAUGCCUGCAAAUUACUCACUUCACACUUAUUAUUAUAUCUUCCUGUACCAGCAACCAUAACUCUAUACACUAGUCUACUUUUAUUUCUCAUUUUUGUUUUUGCUCCUAAAAUGGCUGAUCUGGUUCCAGGACCGGAGUAUUGUUUGCCAGCGGAGUUCCUCACUGACGAGGAUUUUGUCAUUGAGAAUGAGAAAUUCAACAAAAAAACUGAGUCAGUUUCCGAGCUCUGCUUCCCCACUGAAUUUCCAUACGAUUUUGGCACCUAUUCAAUGGGUUCUCCCGAAACAGAGAGCGACGAAGAAGACUUACUCGCCGAGUUAACUGGCUCCUCUUUCUAUCAACGUCUUAACCCCACCAAGCCUCAAAAUCUUGAGAAGGGUUGGAUGAUGUCCGGUUCACCACAGUCAACGCUGACCCAGUUCCGGAGCUGGUCGGGUGGGAGCGCCGGAGGGUCGUACAACGGUAGCCCGAAUGGUCCAUCUCAGGUGCCGUCUCCUCCGACGAUGUUUGGGAUUAAGAACAACAAGCCAUGGGAACUGAUUUACCAGCCCGUGGUUCGAGUGCCAAAACACAAGCUAAGCGGCGGUGACCUUCCGGACCCACCUAGAAGCCUCGUUCAAGUUCGAUAUCCUGCACAAAAUCCCAACGCCCCUGUUUUCCACAACACCCGUUUCCAGCAAGUGAGAGUGGAUCGUUCGAUGAACCAACCGAAUAUGGGGUGUGGAAUGCGUUACGGCCAGCACCAAGUGUAUCAAAACAUGGGUGUGGGACUUGUAGGAGGAAUGGGUCAAGCUGCAUACCAGACUCGCCCUACCCAGAAGUUUAGCGGUUCGGGUACUGAGCCGGUAUCUUUUGGUAGGUAUGGCGGCGGAGAUAGAGUUGGUCCAGGGGGUGGCGGUGGGAAAAGGGGGUGUGCUGGGACAGGGGUCUUUUUGCCUCGGAGAUAUGGGGCUAAUAAUGACAUGAACGCGUUCCCUUCUGAUUCACGCAAGAAGCUAGCUAGUUCAACUGCUUUGUUUCCUGAUAGAAUUAUCCAUUCCCUCAACAAGAAUAUCGCAGACGUUCAAUCUCAGUCUCAUUACUUCAUCCCGGAUUAUGACACCUUGAUGUCUCGAAGAAAUGCGUUAUUGAUACGUCAACUCGGUUUAAGUUCCUCGACUCGGAGUUCAUACCCUCAUCAGGAUUGAAGCUUUUGAGUUUGGACAUUUUCAGUUGAUUCUGGCUGUAAGAGAAAGGCUAGUAAAGUUGUGGUCGUAUAGUUAGACAAGGAGAAGAAGAGAUCCUAAGGUUGUUUUGGUUGGACAGUGUUAUGUAUCUAUGUUUUUAUGACCUGAUGGCGAUAUAUAAAAUUAUAGAAAAAGGUUGUAGUUAGAGUGAGGAGGGUGGUUUUUUUAUUGAAUAAUUAGUGGAUGUUUGUUUUGGGCAGAAUUUAUUUGAAUGGAAAAUCCACAACCCUCCUUUUCCUUUUUAUGUAAUAUUAUUGAGUUUCUAA